AUGGCUCCUGUCUCCGUUAAAGAUGUAGAUGGACACAUUUACGUCAAAGCCUUGGCGCAGUUUCUGAAGAAAACCGGUAAGGUAAGGCUACCUGAUUGGACGGACGUGGUGAAACUAUCAUCAGCCAACCAGUUAGCACCAUAUAACCCUGACUGGUUUUAUAUUCGAUGUGCCGCUAUCCUUCGGCAUUUAUACAUCAGGCCCACUGGCUUGAUAGGCUUAAGCAAAGCAUUCUCUAGAAAGAAGCGCAAUGGCGUCAAACCAUCCCAUCGUUCCCUGGCACAUUGCUCAGUUAUAAGGAAAGCCAUUCAACAAAUGGAGGCACUCGGAAUGUGUCAGAAACGUGAAAAUGGCGGGAGAUCUCUUACAUCGACUGGAAGGCGCGAUUUGGACCGCCUGGCAUAUCAAAUUCUUAAGGAGCGUCAUUAA